GUUCUUUUCAAAAGGUUCUUUAGUUUCGUUGCAACGUCAGAGCUGUAAUUCCUUAAAGAUGUCUCGAAAAAGUACAACAACAAUCCUUCGACAACUUAGAGAGCUUAUGAAAUCUUCCAAAUUUAGUUUACAAGCUUAUAUUGUCCCAUCGGAGGAUGCUCAUAUGAGUGAAUAUAUUGCCGAAAGAGAUGCUAGAAGAGCUUGGAUUAGUGGAUUUACUGGAAGUGCUGGAUUGGCGGUUAUUACGCAAAAGGAGGCAGCUUUAUGGACAGAUGGAAGAUAUUAUUUACAAGCAAAUCAACAGUUGGACGACAAUUGGACUUUGAUGAAAGAUGGAUUGCCUGAUACACCCUCCUUAACUACUUGGUUAAAAAAAGUUCUGCCAAAGGACAGUCGGAUUGGAGUUGAUCCUUGGCUUUAUUCAAACUCUGGAUGGACCAAAUCAUUCCAUGACCUAAAUAAAGCUAACCGGCAACUUGUUGCUGUUGAAGAAAACUUAAUUGACAAGGUUUGGACUGAUCAGCCUCCUGUUCCUUGUAAUCCAAUUUCUAUUCUUGAUAUGAAAUUUGCUGGAAAAAAUUGGCAAGAUAAGGUUGCAGAAUGUAGAACCAAAAUGGAAGCAGAAGGAGCAACAAUCUUGGUUCUUUCUGCAUUAGAUGAGAUAGCUUAUCUUUUAAAUUUAAGAGGAUCGGAUAUUGUCUUUAAUCCAGUAUUUUUUUCAUACGUCAUCAUAACAGUGAAAAAUGUUUAUCUAUUCAUUGACCCGGCUAAGGUGACGAAUAGUGUUAGAGAACACUUAAAAGGAGUUGAGAUUAAACCGUAUGGGCAAAUAAAAGCUGAUUUACUUCAACUUAUUGAAAAAGAGGUUGAAGGAAAAAUAUGGUUAAGUGAUUCGACAAACUACGCUAUUUCAAGUGCUGUACCAGAAGAUCGUCUAUUUAACAGCCUAACCCCUAUAAACUUGAUGAAAGCCAACAAAAAUGAAACUGAAGCGGAAGGCAUGAGAAGAGCUCAUAUCAAGGAUAGCGUGGCUCUAUGUCAAUACUUUAUGUGGCUUGAACAACAGCUAUCUAAUAAUAUCAAAGUAGAUGAACUACAUGGCUCGAAAAUAUUAGAAAAUUUCAGAGCUGAACAAGAUGAGUUUGUCGGUCCUAGCUUCGAAACUAUAUCUUCUUCCGGAUCCAAUGGUUCAAUUAUUCACUAUAAGGUAACACCCGAAACUAACAGACCAAUCACGAAAGAUGAAUUGUAUCUUUGUGACUCUGGAGCUCAAUUUAAGGAUGGAACAACAGAUGUUACGCGAACAAUUCACUUUGGAACUCCAACUGAAUUUGAAAGGGAUUGCUUUACUCGUGUCUUGAAAGGUCACAUUGCAUUAACUAAAGUCGUCUUUCCCAAUGGUGUUAUGGGUAGUCGACUGGACUCCUUAGCUAGGUUGUACCUUUGGGAGGGAGGACUGGAUUACCAACAUGGGACUGGUCAUGGUGUCGGAUGCUUUCUAAAUGUUCACGAAGGUCCUUGCAGGAUAAGCUAUAAAUUAUUAGCGUCCGAGGUGGCUCUUCAAGAAAACAUGGUAUUAAGUAAUGAACCAGGAUACUACGAAGAUGGAAAGUUUGGUAUUCGUAUUGAAAAUCUUCAAAUUGUCGUCAAAGCAGACACUAAAAACAACUUUGGAAAUAGAGGUUAUCUUACAUUUGAACCAAUCACUUUGGUCCCUAUCCAAAAGAAAAUGAUAAUCAAAGAAAUGCUUACUCCAGAAGAGGUUGAUUAUGUAAAUUCCUAUCAUAAAAAGUGUAGAGAAGUUGUAGGAGGGUUAAUGCUUAAACAAUCCAGAAAUGACUUAUAUAAAUGGCUUGUUUCUCAGACUGAAGAAUUAUAA